AUGCAAGCAUGGAUGCACAAUUCUAGAUUAAAGAAGAGACGGAGAUACUCGAAACUCGGUUGUGUUGAAUGUAAGCGAAGAAAGGUCAAAUGCGAUGAAACUAAACCUGUCUGUUGGCAAUGCUCACAUCUUGAGAAAGAAUGUAAUUACAAAGGAAACAACAAACUAGCUGGUUUUAAAGAGUUUCGAAACUAUUCUUUUGACACAGAUUUGCCGACGAAAGGAUCUGAAACUGAAGCGGAAGAAAAAUUUGGAACCAUUACACCCCAGGAUCUGGAUCUCAUUAUGAAUGAGGCGUCGCUUCUGGCAAACGACAUUUUUAUCUCCAUGACAGACCCUUUGGUAAACGAACAGUUGCACGAGUUAAGUCCCUUGGAUAUUACCCAGGAGGAAUUUCAUAGAUUUGAUAAGUGGGCAACAAUUUCCACAGCGCUCCAAAAAGAAAGCCCGAUAGACCUUUACUACUUGAAGGUUUUUUAUAAUCAGGUUUCGUUCUGGUUGAUGCCUUUGGCCGUUUCUCCGGACGACAACAUAUGCAAUGAGAUCUUGUUUCAUCAAAUUACCACUGCAGCCGCCCCGAAUGGUUUUUCCACCUCUUAUCUGCAAAGUGCGAUGAUAUCGCUAGGAGCGAAAUUCAAAUUUAAUACCACUGGGCUUCCUGAGCAUAAUGUUAUCAGAAAGAGAUACCUCAAAAUAUCCUUUGCGCAACUUCACGAAGUUUUCAAGAGCCCGUCGCGAGACUCAUUGAUUGUUCAGAAGGUCGAAAGCUUGAUUCUUUGCGUACUUCUUUUCACGCUCGAUAGUUCGAGUUACAAAAGUCAAGAAUGGCAGAUGCAUUUGAAAGGAGCUAAAGAUCUAUUCUUGAAAUGCCAAGCUAUGGGCCUCGAUAACGAAUCGAGUGAGAUGCGAAGCAAGUCUUUAGCUCUUGCCAAAUCCUGGUUUUCUGCCAUAGAAGCAUCUGCGUCCGUGAGUCGAACCGGUAGUUUGAAAAGUGACGCUGAGAUUGAAGAAAUGUAUUCCUUGGGAGCUUAUGACAAACAUGCUGUUGUGCUGCAGGAAAUGGGGAUUUUAACCGCUGACGGGUUCAACGUGUUUCUAGGAUACUCUACAGAGGCAAUAUGUUUGUUGAAAGAAGUCAUCAAAUGCAAUAGUGAUAAGUCAUUUGUCGACAAAUACAAUGAUAAACUCUUACUUAUUUCGACUUUGGUUCAAGCUUCGCGUGAGUAUCAUUUUCUGCCCAACGAAUUUGGAGUUGUGACUGGAAUGGAAAAUGAUGCUCUCGAGGGAAAAAUGCAAAGCUCUUACAUUCGCGACGGCCCUAAAGCAUAUUCCGUCUUCGACACUGUUCAUCAGGCACAUGCGGAUGCCAUAUAUUUGAUUUACUUGAUCAGGAACGUGCAUCUUCCAAUCUCAUCUUCCAUAAUUCAAGGAAACUGCGAGCGCAUAAUCAGGAACAUAUCUUGGAUUUUCCGCUCAGACACAGAUGUUGAAAUGGCCAGCGGUGUCAUUAAAAAGGUCGCAGAUGGUGAAAUUACUGACUAUGCGGCCUUUCUUUCACUUCAGCCAGAUUUGAUAGACCGAUGCUUGAUUAAACCGAUUGUGAACGAUUUUCGUAUAAUGAUGAUUCAUCUUUCAGUUGUUCUUUGUGGACUUUAUUUCCGACCUGAUAAUAUGCGGGACCUUGCGUGUGUACGAACUCGAAUAUGUGCUUACUUUCAAUGUUUAGCUCAAAACCUUGGUGCUGACAGUGGCAAAGUGUCCCUAGAGUUUCUUUUCAAAAGAUGGCGGGUCAACGAAUUGUCUGAUGAGCAAGAACAAGACGACGAAUUCAAGGACUAUGAUGCACUCCCAUUUUCAUAG